AUAAUCCUCAGCAUCAGUAACUACGUAGAGAGGGUGUUUAGGAACCAACUGGUUCGUCUAUGCAACAGGGGGAAUAGUUUAGUGUGAGGUUGCGUGCCUGAAGGAUGGUUGGACAAUGUUCAGUUUUCACAAGCCAAAGACCUACAGAAGUGCAGAUGGCUGCUGCAUAUGCAAGGCAAAGUCAUCCAGCUCACGGUUUACGAGCAGCGAGAGAUACGAGAGGCACUUUGCAGCCUGCUUCCAGGUAACAGAAGAGCGCGUAGGCGACAUAUGCAAUGCGUGCGUUUUGCUGGUGAAACGCUGGAGAACGCUACCAAAGGACUGCAAGCGACACUGGAAUCAUGUCGUUGAUGCAAGAGCUGGCCCUGGGACCAAAAACUCGCAGAAGAUAGGCAAAGUGAAAAUCACAACGAAAAUUAAGGAAAAGGCUGCGAAACUAAAGAGACAACAGGCCAAAGAGCUACUGCGUCUUUCCAAACAGAAAGCUAGAGAGCCGAGUCCCGAACUGUCUGAUGAUGUUGCAGGUGACGAUGAAGAGCGCGUGUUGUCACCGAGCCCGACACCGAGCGAGGAAUCAGAGGAGUCAAACUCGGCACCGGCGAGGCGCUCUCGCAAACGCGCUAGGAGGAAAGCGCCACAGCGGGCGGAGCCUCGGUCCACGAUGCAGUUCAGCUCUUUUCUUGACAUGAGUUACUGGCAAAGGACGGAUAUUUGUUGUGGAACCAUUUUCAAAGGCCCGUGUGGAACGGUGCUUGUUGACCCAACACUCCUACAUCCCUGCAGACUGUGCCAAAAGCCCGUUGCGAGUGCAGAUUCAAGCAAUUCAAACUCCACCAAGUACGAACGUGAAAACAUGGAUAACACAGUACAGAGUGACAGUGGGGCCAGACAAACGAUCAACGAAACAUCUGAGGAGGUGAGCAGUGAUCACGAGGACGUAAUUUCUCCACCCAGCAGUCCCUGGACAAACAUAGAUCUAGGUAUGGCUGGGAAGUCAACCGCAUUUGCCCCCAUGUUAGGUGCAUGUUAGAAAUGUCAGUUUAUGCUGAUCACCACUUCAUAGGCCAAUUGGCCGUGUAUAGGUGCGUGUAAAAAUUACCUAGUGAUUUUGUAAUGUUUCAUGCAAUCACUUUUAUACCAUGUCCCCCAAAUAAUUUUUAACAGUGUUUCAGCACUUUUUAUACAGCUUAAUUGUCUCGUUAUUGAUCCUUUUUUUACAAUUAAAUAGAGAAAUGAGACUUUUAUAGUAACAGUGUAAUCAAUAAGUGGUAUAAUUAUGAUGAAAAUGAAACCUUCCAAGAUAUUUUUGGUCCCAUUCAUCACGUUAUUGGAAAACCAAUGGAAAUGUUUACAUAUCAUGCAUCACUGUGAACAAUUAUUUGGAGGAAACAGUGUGCCAUUAAUGGUGCCUAUAGACAAGGUAAAAUUGUGCAUGUAUGUGUUUAAUACGUUUUAUUAAUUGCAUUUUUGUAUUUACAUGUGGAUUAUUAAAUUAAUUAAACUAUAAAUUUUCUAUCAAAGAUUUUAGCUGAUACCAUAAGAUGCAUCGUUAUCUGUUGUGGGGGCCAAAUUGUUGGAGAUACAUGGUUGUGCUCGUUACUUUAUGAAAAUGUUUCCUUUCAUAAAGUUUUGAAAUAUUUAUGUGUAUCGAGUCAUUUUCUAUGAAUUUUAUAAUUAUGUGCUUGGAACAUUUAUCCACGUAUAAGAAGAAUCUAGAACAGCACAAUUGUUAUAGAAAGUUGUAUAUACUGAAAUAGUUUGAAGAUAAAGUACAUUAAUAUUAUUUAUUCUUAUAUACAGGCAUUGCCAUGAUCUCUUAUAUCAUUAACUUUCUACCUCCCUUCAUCUCUCCCUUCCCACUUCGCUUUCUGUCAUUUUUCCCGUUCUUUUUAUACGUACCCGUAAUGAAAUCUCAGGUUUUUGAGUCUCAUUAUUCUUUUACAAAAUGUAAUAUUACACUCUAAAGUUGCUUUUCUCUAAACAAGGUAUAUUAUUACUAUUUGGCAGCUAAGUACUGCAUCAGAAGAUCAUCUGCAUGGCUUUCUGUUAAAAAUAUGCAUUCAUCAUUUUCAGUAGCCUCAGUUAAGCAAUGAUUAUAAAUCUGUGCAUUUUAUGUUGUUAUGUCCUUUUAGUGUUCUCUUGUUCUAGUAAGAAAUUAGGUUACUUAAUGAAGAAGUUUGCCAAAAUUGAGGAACUUGCCAAAUAGAUUUCUACUUGCCAACAAUCUUCUUGCUCUAAUCAGUGCUUUUAUUUUCCAUGUGCAUUUUUAGUAUGCUGUUGAUAUUUACAUACAGCGAUUUUAGUAAUUACGAAGAUGAGAAUUUGUUAUGUGACAUUUUUUUUAUAGGGGAAUGUUUUUGAGACCUUUUGUCGAUGAUUUGUCAAACCAAAGGUUGAUGCGAGUUUUAUAGACACAUUGUUCAGGGCAUAGAAUACAUAGUUCGAUGAAACUGACAUGCGAAGUAUUUAUUCUAAUGAAGUUGUAAGUUAUAUUGUACACCUGUGUGAAGCUUUGCUGUAGUGACAUGAGAUUUUGUAAGAGUUGCCAAAUUGCUGUGCUGAAACUUUCCAUUUUUGUGAUCAUGUGUAAAUUCAGCAGAUAUGGCAUCUCUGGAAAUCGUGUAAAAACGUUUAAAUUCAUGUUUACAUUACAAAUCUACGUAUGCUAAAUGUAUUUGCAAAUGUUUACACGUGUACAGACGCUGUUGCAAAGUGAAUGUGCUAUCACGAGUUGAACGAGAGAAUUAUCUCUGGUUUCAUGCUGCUCUUGGUGAUAUUUUCCUACAGCAAUGGCCUUUUUAAUCAUUUUAUUUUUGUAUAAAACUGAAAUGUGUCACGUAUGAGUAGUGGUUGUCAGUGCUUGCUUAAAGAUAUAACUUAGGAUAAUGUGAAUAAAUAAACUAAUAGCGGCAUUGGAACCAACGGAUCAACUAACGUUUAUAGGUUUCUUUGUAGCCAACUUAAUAAAUGUAGAUUAUGAUUGUCAGUUUUCGUUUAUUGUAAAUGCUACAACAACUAUAUAGUUGCUUGAGCAUUGCCGCAAAUUUUGAAUGGAUCCUUUUAUGCUGAGUAGCUUUAUGCAUAUAUAGGGAUUAAAAACAUGAAGCGUUGCCAUUAGUAAACUUGUGUAUAUUAAACUUAGUUGAUUAGUUAAUGAAUUGUUUAUGGUAGAUUUGAGUGCUGUUUUUCUGACAGAUGUUGAUUAAUUACCAAGUCUUUGAGUGUUGGAAGUCCACACACUGCUACACGUGUUUGUGGUUCGUAUUCUAUUGUCACUGUGCUGUCAAUGUUAUCAAUGCUAUUGAAAUAUCACCAUUUUCGUAAAGUGCCUAUGUGGACUGUGAAUCCAACUCCCAGCUUCUUCUAAUUUUACUGACAGAAUUCAUUAUUUGUGUGUAAACUGAAAUCAAUUGCAGCCGCAUCCAAAUACAGAAAAUUGGUGAAUUUCCAGCAUUUUUUUAGAUGUGAUUUUAGAUUGUACGACUAAUGUAAUGUGUAGGUAGACCUCACCAUUCACCCAUGUAUAAUAGAAUAAAGGAUGCAAGUAUGAAUAAAAGCUACAUUUUAGUGGGAAUAUUUUGUAGUAUGGGUUGGGACAUUUGGUGCAAAUAAACUAACAUUAGUAUAUUUGGUACCAUGAUCGCAGCAAGGAAACCUCCUAUUGCAGAGGAAGGGACAUAGUGCAAAUAUGAAAUGGAAUAGCAUAGGUUGAAUGAUUUGCUGUAGUAUAGUUUGUGAAGGUAAAUUUGAUUAGUGUUUCAAACAGUGUCAUUAAUCUCACAGCUAACAUUGCACAGUACUCUAUUAGUAAAUAAAUAUUUUUGAAAAAGUUUAAAAUA